AUGGAUCACACCUGGAUCAAUGUCUCUAAAAUUGAAUAUUUCAUCUGGAUAAAGACAGAUGACAAGCCCAUUGAUAUCAAAUCUCCUCAUACAGCUUAUGGAGUGAACCAUCUUAACAUGGACCAGAUCAAUGAUGCCUUGAACAUUGGCCUGGACAAAGUUAGAGCAGAGAUGGCCAACACUUUGGACUUGAUGGAACCUGGUAUCUACCAUGCCCAUGUGCUUGCACUGAGUGGUGUUGCAUUUGACUGGGAUUUAGAUCUCACUUACAUCAAGAAUCAGGCCUCAACACCUGAACCACAAUUACAGUCUCUGAGCUCACCAGAAGAGGACAUUCCCAGAUCCCAACUUUGUGGUCCUGACUUGCGGUUCGGUUUUGUUCCCCCCAAUGUGAUCACAGAGGCAGACAACACUGUGGAGGAUAAGGAUAGUGCGGAGGACUCAGAGGAGGAUAAGGAUGCUUUGGACGACAAGAAUGAUAAUUUGGACGAUGGCAAGGAUAAUUUGGAUGAUACCAAGGAUGGUACAGAUACUAAUGACAGUAACAAGGCUUAUGAUAUUCAUGGCACUCCAUUUGCAGAUGCCACAGAUCAUGGCAAAAUCCAGUCUCUUACCCACAGCACUGAUGACUUGCACACCAAGAAAAAGAAACACAUGCAUCCUCUCUCUUCCUUUUGGUCUGCGGAUGAUGAUGAUAUCCCAUCCCCUCCCCAAGGCACUAACAACUCUCACAUGAAAACAAAGAAAUGUGCACAUUCAAUCUCAAUCUCUUCAUCUCAGUCUACUGAUAAUGGUGCUACUCUACCCCCUCCCCACUUGAAAAAAAAUAUGCUUGCACAUCCUCAAUCUCAGCCUCACCCUGUUUCAUCAAUGGAUAGUGAUAUUCCUCUCUUCCAAAGCACCACCAAGCAACUAACAAUCCAGGUAGAGGGAAUUAUUACACUAGCAGCCAGGAUCAGCUGGUGGAAAGCAGCUGUCAUAUCCCGUAUGCCAGACAUAGAUCCCAUCAUAUUCCCACGCUUUCCGGACCUGUUUCUGGACCCCAUAUCCAACUCAUUCCUGGAUCCCCUAUCCUGUCCACCCUACACACAUUCCAUCCAGCAAGACAUCCAGACUUUACCUCCUCUCAGAUUCCAGACUACAUCCACCACCUCACAUAUCUCAGUCCUGUUUCCGCCCUGCCUUCUGGAGCCCCAGAUCUCCAGACCUCCAGAUAUUAACUGUUACUAUCUCUGGACCUAUUCCCACCCUCUAUCCGAGAUCCUGCGCCUAUCCCCAUUUAGGCAUCUCCGCCUUUCCGGUUCUCAGUUAUCUUUCUUUCUGUCUUGCUGA